AACUUGCAUAGUACGUCCCAGAAACAGAAGCAGUUCCAGACAGAGUUCACUCACAUUCAUGGGCAGUCAUUUCGCAACCAACCCCCUCUGCAGCCAGGGGCAGCACCAGUUGCAGCAACAUCACAACAAACUGCAGCUUCACAGCUACUUGCGCUCUCGCACCAGGCUAAUGUGCAGCAGAGACAUCAGCAGUUCAGAAUGAAACAUCCAGCUGCACUCCCUCCUCAACCAGUUCCCGCCCAGUUACCGUUACAAGCUAAAUUACUUCUGAUCCCUGGCAAACCGGUACUGAAUAUCACUAGAGCACCCAAUGGAAUUGUUCUAUCAUGGACAAUGGUGUUGCAGCCGGGAUCUGCUGAGAUUGGUUUCUAUCAUUUAUUUGCUUAUCAAGAACAGGAAGGCCCACCUAGCAGUAGCAAUUGGAAAAAGAUUGGUGAAGUAAAAGCUCUUCCACUGCCAAUGGCCUGCACCUUGACACAGUUCCAACAUGGUAGUAUUUAUCACUUUUCAGUGUGUGCUGUGGACGUUUUUGGUAGGAGUGGUGAUUUUAGUGAAAACUCCAGUAUCAAUUUGAUCAAUUAAAAA